AUGUUGGAAUUACAAAAAUUUUUCACUGAUUUCGAAGAUUUAGUCCGGUACUUAGCACCGAGAGGAAUAAGUAAAGAACAGUUGCUGAUUAUUAAAGAAAAACUAAUUAGAAGAAAAGAAUUAAUUGGAGCAAUUAAUCAACUGGGACAAAAAAGAAAUGAAUUAAGUCAAGCCGGGAUAAAAAACCGAGAAAAAGUUAAAAAAAUUAAUGAAGAAGUUAACUUUCACGAAAGAGAAUUAAAUAGGUUAGAAGCAGAAUUAAGUGAAUUAACUAAUCAACUACCUAACCUUCCUUCUCCUAAUGUCCCUACUAACAAGGAGGGCAACAAAGUUAUUGACAACACUGAAUAUCAACACGACUUCAAGCAUAAUUUAACUCAUGAGGUAAUACUAAAAAAUUUAAAGAUAAUUGAUGAAGAAAAAAGCAUUCUUCUUUCUGGAAGCAAGUUUUCUGUCUAUCAAGGGUUCGGGAGUGAAUUAUUACAUGCUCUAAUUAAUUUUAUGAGGUUCGAGAAUAGCAAGCGUGGCUAUCGUUUAUUCGAUACUCCAUAUUUAGUGAAUGCUCACAACCUCUAUAAUACCGGACAAUUUCAUAAGUUUCAAGAUAACCUUUACAAAGUAGAGGAAAGCGGAUUUUACCUCCUUCCCACUGCCGAAGUUAGUUUGGUCAAUCUUUAUCAAGGCCAAAUUUUAUCUGAAGAGGAUUUACCCUUAAAUUUAUGUGCAUAUAGCCCUUGUUUUCGAGCCGAAAGAAUGGCCGCGGGUCAGGUAAAUAAAGGGUUAAUUCGCCUCCAUCAGUUUCAUAAGGUUGAGUUAGUAAAAAUAACCAAACCAGAAAAUUCUUACCAAGAAUUAGAAAAAUUGCUGAAUGAUGCUCGCAAUAUUCUCCACCUGUUAAAGAUUCCGCACCGAGUAAUUGAACUUUGUCAUAAAGAAUUAGGAUUCACAGCUGCUAAGACUUUUGAUAUUGAAGUUUGA